AUGGCUUCCUCAUCCUCCAACAUGAGGCUUCUACAAUGGUGUUUGUUCUGUGUGCUUUUGGGCACGGCAUUUGCCCAAUUGUCUGAGGACUACUAUUCAAGUUCAUGCCCUCAGGCACUCUCCAUCAUCGAAUCCGAAAUUAAGUCUGCCAUAUCCAAGGAUACUUACUUGGGAGCACCAUUGAUGAAAAUUCAUGUGAAAGAUUGCCUUUUUGGUGGAUGUGAUGGUUCCAUAAUGCUCAAUGAGACCGGGAGUUUCAUUGCAGGAAACCCCAAAGCCAAAAAUUUCAAUACAGAAACAGGAUAUGAAGUCAUUGAUGGGAUCAAAGCUCGGCUAGAGAAAGAAUGUCCAGGAGUUGUGUCUUGUGCCGAUAUCCUUGCCGUGGUUGCUCGGGAUGCUGUCGCCAAGCUUGGUGGACCAAAUUGGACAGUGCCAUUGGGGAGAAGAGACUCAGAUCAAGCAUUAAAAGUUCAACUUGAUAGCAUAGCCGGAAUUCUACUAGGGGAUUUAGACACAAAGAUUGCAGCCUUCAACGUGCUAGGCUUCACUAAGGAUGAAUAUGUGGCUUUACAAGGUGGUCACACGGUGGGAAGGGCGAGAUGCAUGUUCUACAAAAAACGCAUCCAUGACGAGAAGGUCGACAUCGACCCCAAGUACGCCGAGGCACUGCAGGCAAAUUGUCCGGCAAUCGGAGGGGAGAACAACACUGCAUCACUCGACACCACAACGCCGUACGUGUUCGACAAUGCAUACUUCACCAACUUGAUCAACAAGAAAGGUCUUCUUGAGUCUGACCAAGAACUAUACACUGGAAAGCGAGGGAAAACUGACUCAAUUGUUCAAUCUUUUAGCUCCAAUAAAGAGUUGUUCUUUGAGGUGUUUUCUAAGGCGUUUUUGAAGGUCGGAAACAUGCAGAUUGUUACUGGCACUAAUGGAGAAGUCAGAAAGAAUUGCCGCGUUAAGGGCAAUAAUAAUGUUUUACAAGGUCUUACCGAUCGACUUUAAAUAUGUUAUUGUCCAUUUUUAUAAUUAAAUAAAUAAAAAAAUUAUU